AUGGACGAAGAAGACUGUACUAUUUUUAUUGAAGAACUCAAAAGUGAUGAUCCCACUCUUAAACUUAAUGCUGUAGACAAAAUUGUAUAAAUUGCUCAAAUCCUUGGACCUUCAAGAACUUGUCAAGAACUCAUUCCUUAUUUAAUUGAUAUAAUAGAAGAAUAAGAUAAUGAAGAUGAAUUUCUUAUAAAAUUAGCUAAAGAAUUAGUCAAUCUUAAACCUUUCACAGGUGCCAAUAUUCAUUUGUUAAAUGCACCUUUAGAAAUAUUAAGUUCCAUGGAAGAGCCAUUAGUUAGAGAUAAAGCUGUCGAAUCUUUAAUCUUACUUGCAGAAGGAAUGCCAAACAGUAAAAUACAUACUAUUUUAUUUUAAUAGGUUUUUUUGAAAAUCACUUUUUUUAAAUUGUUCAAUAAUUAGGUUAAUGGGAUAACUUUCCUUCCAGAAUAUCAGCUGCUAGUCUUCUUCCUCUCACUUACAAACAUGUUUCAUAAGAUAAAUAAAAUAUUCUAUGGGAUUUAUUCAAAUAAUUAUGUGGAGAUGAUACACCAAUGGUUAGAAGAGUUUGUGCAGGAGUUUUGACUGAUCUUGCUAAAAUGAAAUGUCAAUCAUAAUAAUUAUUAUAAUUAUGGGAAGCACUUUUAAAAGAUCCUAUAGAUAGUGUUAAAAUUAAAGCAAUAGAAGGAUCUCAAUAUAUGCUCAAAUUGAUUGAUGAUGAACAUGAUUUAGAAACAUCAAUUUAAGGAUACUUUGCUUUGGCUGAUCCUAAAGAGAAAAGUUGGCGUGUCAGAUAUACUGUUCCUGAAUGUUGGGAAAGUAUCAUUGACAUAAUUGUUAAAUUAAGUAAAAGUUCUUUUAAAAAUCUAAGAUAAAAAUAAAAGUAUAUUAAAAAAUCAAGCAGUUCCUGUGUUUUAGUAAUUGCUUAAAGAUACUGAACCUGAAGUAAGAUCUAUGGCAUUAAUAUCUAUAUAUCAUUUAUUAAAAGAAUUACCUACUUCUAGCAAAGAUUUAUUCUUACCAUAAUUUUAAGCUCUCUCUACAGAUACAUCAUAACAUGUUAGGAUGUCUUUGGCAGAAUAAAUUUGUAAGAUUUCUAAAUAAUAUCAUGUUUAAAUUGUAUUAUAAAACUUUAUACCUUUAAUAUCAACUUUGAUUAAGGAUGAUGUUGUGGAAAUCAAAAUCAUGUUAGCCCAUAAUUUAGAUUAAUUGUCAUAAGCAAUUGGACAAGAAAAUUCAAAAAAACACUUAGUUCCAUUGAUAUCUACAUUUGCAUCAGAGAAACAAUGGAGAUACAGAUUAGAAAUGAUGUCAAUUAUACCCAAACUUCUUAAAGUGGCAGGAUAUGACAGUUUCUUAGAAUUAUAAGAAAUUUAUAUUGAAAAAGGUGUUAUGAAUCAUUAUUAAGCAAUAAGAGAUUAGGCAAUAGAAAAUCUAAUUUAAUUGAGUGAAAUAUUUGGAUAUGAUAAGAUCAGAGAAUUUAUUUUAAAAUGUAUUAAUAAACAAUUCGAAUAGUAAAAUUAUAUAUAUAGAGUAUCAGCAAUGCAUAGUAUAGCAAAAUUAAAGAAUACAUUAUCAAAAGAUGAUUUAGUAAAUUAAUUUAAAGUAUAUAAUAUAUACUAUUAAUUACAAAGGAAGUAACCUAGAAGUCUUUGAAUGAUAAAGUUCCUAAUGUUAGAUUAAACAUAUUUAAAUUAUUCACAGCAAUUCAAAAUAAAUUAGACAAUAAAAUUUAAAAUGAAUUUAAAAAUAAAGCUAGAAUUUUAUAAUAAGAUUAGGAUAUUGAUGUUAAAUAUUUUGCAUAAAAAAUUUGA